CAUCAUUCCUCACCUACGAACCCACUCGAUUGCCAUAACAUCUAGCAAGAUCGCUAGACAUCCGAUCUCUCCCUGCUUCUGGGACUCUCAGCAGAGAGAUGGCAGCUGGGAUGCGCUUCCUGCAGCUGUUCGCCGCCGUUCUCGCGUUCUGCUUCGUGCAGGCCAGGUCCGACUACUGGCAUCAGGCCUACGCCACCUUCUACGGCGGCGCCGACGGUGCUGAAACAAUGGGUGGCGCAUGUGGGUACGAUAACCUGUACGCUGCGGGGUACGGGCUCAACAACGCGGCGCUGAGCACGGUGCUGUUCAACAAUGGCUUGUCCUGCGGGCAAUGCUACCUCAUCACCUGCGACACCAGCAAGUCGAAUAUGUGCAAGCCCGGCACAUCCAUCACCGUGUCCGCCACCAACUUGUGCCCUCCCAACUGGGCUCUCGCCAACGACAACGGCGGGUGGUGCAAUCCUCCCCGCGAACACUUCGACAUGUCCCAGCCUGCCUGGGAGAACCUCGCCAUCUACCGCGCUGGCAUUGUCCCUGUCCUCUACCAGCGGGUCGCGUGCCAGAGGCAGGGUGGCCUGCGUUUCACCAUGAGCGGCUUCAACUACUUCGAGCUGGUACUGGUGACCAACAUCGCCAUGAGCGGGUCGAUCAGGAGCAUGUCGGUGAAGGGGACCAACACGGCGUGGAUCACGAUGUCCCAGAACUGGGGCGCUAACUGGCAGUGCCUAGCGGGGCUGAAAGGGCAGGCGCUCAGCUUCGGCAUCACCUCCUCCGGCGGCCAGUACAAGGUCUUCCAGGACGUCGUGCCGGCCUGGUGGCUGUUCGGACAGACCUUCUCCACAUGGCAACAGUUCGACUACUAGCUAUAACAUUUCUAUAAUUUGUAUUACUAUUAUCAGUUCGCUCGUUCAGGGCGAACAUGCAUGAAACUCUCCAGACGCAUACUCAUUAUUUCUUGGAUCCCUUUUGAUUCUUCAGCUCGUUGCCCAUCGAGUGGCAGCGGUAGAUUUGAAUUGCAAUAUCUGUAAUCCACGACCACCUAGCUAUUAAAGGAUUACUUGGCGUGGAACAA